AUGGACGCUUCUUCUGACUCGAGAUCACCCGCGACUCUUGCUACCGAGCCCCCAACCCGCGAUCGAGCGAGACUAUCCUCCCGACCUGAACGUCCUUGCGAUACCUGUCGCAAGCGCAAGCUGAAAUGCGCAAAGGCCCCUGGUCAUGAACGAUGCGUUCUAUGUAUAUUCCACGACCGCGACUGCACCUAUGAAGAUGCGCCUCAGCUAAGGAGGAAAAGAGGCUCCGGUGUCGGACAGCCUUCCCCGGAGACGGUGGACAGCAGCACCACAUCCGGCAAGAGACGAAAAGCUAUCACUGAGGAUGCCACCCCAUCACUCCUCGACCAAGCUCUCGGCCUCCACCGAACGACACAUUUCAAGUACAUUGGCUCGAGUUCUCCCCAGCAAGAGAAGCUAGUCGACAUUAUACAUCAAGUUGGCCCAUCACAGGACUGCUUGACUGGCACCAAGUUUCGUCGUGUUGCGCACCAUGUUACCUUCUUGUCCAAGCCCGACCAUGAUGCGCCCUUGAGCAAUGAUAAAGACCGAGAUCUGGAAGCGAUAGAGAGCCUAGUGAGCCCCCACGGGCGAGGUUUGGUGGACUUGUAUUUUGGAACAGUACACCCAAGUUACCCGAUCCUCCACAAGGGCGUUUUUAUGGAGAAAUACAAACGAUCCUAUACCGAGUUUUCGCCUCCGCUUCUCGCGGCCGUGUACCUGCUGGCCAUGGACUGGUGGGAGUUUGACCGCGAACUGUCGUCACAGGCCAAACCGGAUACCGGCGCCUUGUCACAAUGGGCCACCAAGGCGCUGAUGGAUGUCAUGCAUCGACCCAAGCUGUCGUCAGCACAAGCUGCGCUCUUGCUGUUGCAGAGGGCAGGCUGUGACUCAUGGAUCCUGACGUCCCAGAUUGUUGCCCUGGGUGAGGAGCUAGGAUUGCACUUGGACUGCUCCGACUGGAAUAUUCCUGACUGGGAGAAAGGUCUUCGCCGCCGCCUUUCCUGGGCCCUUUUUAUGCAGGACAAAUGGGGGAGUCUCAUUCAUGGCCGUCCAUCCCAUAUUUCGUCCUCAUGCUGGCAGCUUCCUGACAUCACCCUGGAUGACUUUCCCGAGUCCGCGGCUGAUGACGAGAAUAAAGAAGGCAGCAGCGAAGUAGAGAAGGGUCGACUCUUGUUCAUCCAUUUGACCAGACUAACCAUGAUUAUGACAGAGGCAAAGGAAUGUUUGUAUGGACCACACGACACUCGAGUUCAGGCAAUUGUCAGAUCUGCAGGCCUUCAGGGGCUGUUGGAGCUUGUCAAGCCUCUUGUUGUCCAGCUGAAGGACUGGAUGCACUCUCUCCCGCCAGAAUUGCGCAUGUCUGAUAUCAAGACGAGGAAGCUCUGUUCCAACGGCUACCUCCACCUUUCUUACUUUGUGACCGAAAUCAUUAUCCAUCGACACAUCAUCAGCAACCUUGAUAGUGCCCCGUCGCCGCUCAUAGCUCUGUGCCGCGAUGCUGCGCGGGCCAGACUCGAAAGGGCUGUUGCCUUUGUCGAUGCUCUCAAGCCGGAGCAUCUCCAGGCGUUUUGGUGGUUUGCCGCGCCGAAAUCUCUGGCCUAUAUCAGGACGUAUGGUGGGCUGCUGUGGGCUACCAGUGCCACGGAAGACGAGGCUGAGUUCUACCGGAAGAAGCUGGCGGAUUUCCGAUGGGGGUUGAAGGUCAGGGCAAAGGGGGUGGGGUUCGUGACGGCAGCCUUGAAAGAGAUGGAGGAGAGCCUGAGCGAGAUUGAUAUGAGUAGGGGUGUGGCUGUCCCUGAGUCGACAGGUGGCUGA